AUGAAGAAAGCUAAUAUUAUUUGUUCAUCUUGGAAAGAGAAAUAUAAUUCUAUUUUUAAUAGUUUUGUGGAUUGUAGAAAUGAAGAAAAUGAUGAAUCCAAUGGUGAUGGUUUCAUUUUAUCAUCUGUUGGUGGAUUAUAA